AUGGUCACUCCUGCCGUAAAGCACACCAUCGUGAAGAAGCGUACUGCUACCUUCAAGCGUCACCAAUCUAACCGUUUCAUGCGUGUCGGUGAAUCUUGGAGAAAGCCCAAGGGUAUCGAUUGUAACAUGCGUAGACGUUUCAAGGGUCAAGCUCCUAUGCCCAAGAUCGGUUACGGUUCUGCCAAGAAGACCCGUGAUCUCUUGCCCAACGGUUUCCGCAAGUUCACCGUCUCCAACGUCCGUGAACUCAACCUCUUGUUGAUGCACAACCGUUCUUAUGCUGCUGAGAUUGCCCACAACGUUUCCUCCAAGAAGCGUGUUGCUCUCCUCGAACGUGCUGCUCAACUCAACGUCAAGGUCAUCAACGCUGGUGCUCGUCUUAGAUCCCAGGAGUAA